AUGGCUGGGUCCCGUAGGAGUCCGGUGCUGAGAGACCCGAGAAGCGGCGAUCCAGACCGUGAUACCCGGGACAGGGACCGUCGCAGAGGUCGAGGAUCGAAUCGAGAUCGGGGCAGAAGUCGCUAUCGUGAUCGAGGUGGCCGCCAGUCGCGACCAAAUGACCGCCAUUUCGACUAUCCCAAUCGAUCGCCACCAUCACGCGCCUCCCGCUUCGGCCCUGAUCCAUCUCGUGCUUCGAAUGACUUUCCUCUGGAUCGAUCGCCUCCGCGUGGUUCUCCCGGUCCUGAUUCAGGAUACCGCGACACUCGACGGUUGGACCAUGACCACCCCCGACCUUCAUCAUCUGGCGACCUGAGGAACGCGCAUACAUCUGGGCCCAUCGGCAAGGAUACUCAGGGUUUCCGGCGCGACGACUCACCGUUCGGGCCACCCUCUAAACGGAAAAGAACUCGCAGUCCCUCUCCUCGCGGCCAGCGCUCUCAAUUUCCCCAACGUCGUUCAUCAUUUGCGAAAAACGGCGACAGACGCGACCGAAGCCCCCCACCUGGUAGCCGACCGCGCUUCCCAGGACGUGGUGCCCCUAGAGGGCGCUCUCCUCAUCGGGGUCGAGAUCGCCGAGGGAAAGACCGUCGUCGACAUGAUGUCCCGCGCUCAGGCCGUUCGAGAUCACCCGUUCGGGACAGGGAAUUUCGUCCGUCCCCUGACCGCCGGCCUCGAUCGCCUACCGACGACUACAGCGACAGAGAUUCUCGAUAUCGGUCUCGUUCUCUAUCUCGGCAUUCCGCACGAUCUGUGGUAUCGAAAGCAUCCGCGUAUUCCUCCCAUUCCAGAGGUGACGAGGGUAUGCACUCGAUAAGACCUAUCAAGGGCGCUGAAGACGACCAUGGUCGUUCACUUUCGCCUUAUCGACGAAACUUGAGUCCUAAUGGCAGCAAUAAAGUCGUCUCUAGUAAGAGCCGAGCCAACUUACGGGACGCUUUCCCAAUGCUUGAUAUGCGUGCAUCUGAUGUCCACAAUAAGCAACGGCACCGGCCAUCACGACCACACCUAGAGACCGGCUCCUAUUCGACUUCACCACAUUUGAAAACACCAACAAGAUCUCAUCAUGGGUCUCCUCAGCCAGAGUCUCCUUCUGGUGGACGAGGUGGCUGGAAGGGCCCGCCAUCACAUUCGGUAUCUGGUCACUCUCCAAACCAUCGACAAGAUGGGCACUAUUCACACAACGCCCCUUCUGAACCGCACUACCAAAGUCACCAUGGUCCGUCCAACGGCUUGUCCGACCACCAUCCUCAAUCCUCUCAUGGCGGUCCACCCCGCCGAGGUGGAUCUUCUGACCACCGGGGGCAUCAAGCUAGUCGCGAAUCAGACCGCCGGCUUUCCGGCUCUGGUCCCAGCGGUCCUGCAAAUCGUGGUGGGCAUGGCCAUUUCAAUAGUUCACUAUGGACUGCCUCUGGAUCUCAUGGCCGUGGCGGUGGCCCGCCUAGCCCCCGUGUAGCACAUGCGCACGGCUCACCAGCCACUUCUACUCGGCCACAGUCAGCAAAUGGCCCGCAGUCUCCUCGUGCGGUUGAGCCCGAGAACCGGCCAAUUUCCGGAGCCAGGGCCUUCCAAAGAGAUGAUGGUCGAGCUCCGCAUGCAUCGGAAGAGUCUAACAAGCAGAACAUGCCUCCUCCAGAUCGUGAACCCCAGGUUUCAACCCCGGCAGAGAAGGGCGGGAAAUUCAGCUUUACCUUCAAGGCGAAAACUACACCUACGCCUGCUCCAAAGCCUGUUCCCGAUCUUGCGCAACGAAUGCAAGUACGUGAGCCACCACCUCGCGCGCCUCCAGCUGAUCCGCCAACCCCUCGGAAUCGGUUGACCAAUGGGCCAAUGCCCAAGUACCCUAACAAGCCUGAUCCUCGGUAUGACCGUCGGGAUCGGGGGCGGGAUCGAGGUCGUGAUCGAGGUCGCGAUUCGCGAGAUCGCCGGGAUUUCCGGGAUCAGCGAGAACCGCGAGACUUCCAUGGUGAUCCCCGGGAUCGAAGAGAUGACCGCCGGCAUGAAAAUCGUCGUGACCGACGAAAACAUGACCGUCGGCCCGAUGUGCGAGAAGACCGCCGUAAGGAACCAUCUCCAGAGCCUCCGCGAGAUGUGCCACCAAAGCAGAAGAAGAUUCUUACUCGUGUUAAACCACGGCCGAGAUUACCAGAGGAAUUCGCAAAUGCCGAUUCCGUUUACUACCGGAAGCCGGGUAACGAGUCUGUCAUUGGUGCUGGUACAUACGGCAAGGUGUUCAAAGGCAUUCAUGUCUACACUCAACGCAAGGUUGCGCUCAAGAAGAUUCGAAUGGAAGGCGAGAAAGAUGGCUUCCCCGUGACCGCCGUGCGAGAGAUCAAAUUGCUUCAACACCUCCGCAACCACAACGUGGUUAGUCUGCUGGAAGUGAUGGUUGAGAGAAAUGAGUGCUUCAUGGUCUUUGAAUAUCUCUCGCACGAUCUCACAGGUCUGAUCAAUCAUCCCACCUUCUCUCUCACUCUCCCACACAAGAAAGAUCUAGCCAAGCAGAUGUUUGAAGGACUAAGCUACCUUCACCACCGUGGCGUGCUUCACCGAGAUAUAAAGGCUGCCAAUAUCCUGAUCAGCAAUACCGGCCUGCUGAAAUACGCAGACUUUGGUCUGGCGCGUUUCUUUUCGAAGAGCCGUCAGCUUGACUAUACUAACCGAGUGAUUACUAUCUGGUACCGGCCCCCGGAACUUCUUCUGGGUGAGACACGGUACGGCCCCAGUGUUGACGUCUGGAGUGCAGCAUGCGUGUGCAUGGAGAUGUUUACCAAGAAGGCCGUCUUCCCCGGCGAGGGCAGCGAACUUAGUCAGCUCGACAAGAUCUACAACUCUUUGGGUACCCCGACACGGACCGAAUGGCCGGACGUUGUGGAAAUGCCGUGGUUCCAGCUGAUGCGGCCCGCCGAGCGCAAGAAGCGAGUCUUUGAGGAUCACUACCGCGACAUUCUGACUCCAGCCGCGCUGGAUAUGAUCACGCAAGUCUUCCAGUACGACCCUAGCAAGCGGCCGAGCGCCGAUGAGGUGCUGCAGCAUCCAUUCUUCAUGUCAGAGGAACCCGCCCCUCAGCAAGCUAUUGAACUGGAGCACGUUGAAGGGGACUGGCACGAGUUCGAGUCCAAAGCUCUGCGUAAGGAGGCCAAGCGAGCUGAGCAGCAGAGCCAAAGGGACCGGGAGAAGCGCAAGGCCGAGGCAUCCGUUCCAACGAGCGAUCGGGACCCUAAACGCGCUCGCGCCGAAGGCACUCACCAGACAUCUGGUCCUGUAUGA